UAUAAAUAAAUAGAAAUGCUUUGCAUUGUUUAUGCUCUCGUUGGCUUUCAAUGAACUCUGAGCGCUGCCGCUGGCGGCUGCUGCGUCAUGAAGUGAGCAGCGGCGAUUCGCUGGCGCAUUUGGCGCUUAAAUAUGGCACAACAAUUGGGCAAAUCUGUCGCGCAAAUCGGCUGUACUGCCAGGAUAUAGCGCAGGCACGUCGCCACAUUUGGAUACCAACUGCUGACACAAUCGCCGCUCAAAGCAGCAGCAGCAGUCGCUUCAUAGCUGCAGCUCAGCACGAGCCCAACAAUGCGGCAGUGACAAUUACGGACGCCGACGUUAAGCCAGCAGCUGUCAGUUGGAGUCGCAAUCGCCGUCGCCGUCGCCGCCAGUGCACAGCCAAUCCAAAUGCCUUUGCCAACGACGCAGAUCCCUUGCUGAUCAGCCAAGCGCCCGCCCAGCAAUUUAAUUAGCGACCACAGCAGCAGCAGCUGAAACCUUCAACUGGCAGCAGCCUUAACGUUGCCACAUGCAACCAGCUGCGCUAAAUUUGCAGUUAAUUAAAGUGUAGUGCGCCUUUUUAUAAAACAGCAAACAAA